CAAUUCUGUGGAGAUUGAUAGCUGUCAAAAGGCAGAAAGAAAACUCUUCAGCAAGACCACCUGUUCGUCUCCAAUUACUUCCGUGUGGCACCGCACCUCUUCCCUCUUAUUCUCAAUCUGCAGUUCACCAUGAUCUUCCUCAUUCUAUGGCUUCCGAUUAUUCAUCUACUCCUAUCACUCUUAACGCCGUUAAUCCGAAGGUUUUGAAAUGUGCAUAUGCUAUCCGCGGAGAAAUUAUCACCCAUGCUCAGUUAUUACAGCAAGACCUCAAUGAGAAUCCAGGCUCUCAUCCCUUUAAUGAGAUCUUAUACUGCAAUAUUGGAAAUCCUCACUCCCUGGGUCAGAAGCCUAUUACUUUCUUUAGGGAGGUCCUUGCAUUAUGUGAUCAUCCACUUCUUCUGGACAGAAGUGAAACAAAAGCUCUGUUCAGUGCGGAUUCUAUAGAACGAGCUAUCCAGAUCCUUGAUCAAAUUCCUGGUAGAGCAACAGGUGCAUACAGCCACAGUCAGGGUAUCAAAGGAUUACGUGAUAAAAUUGCUUCUGGUAUUGAAGCUCGUGAUGGUUUCCCUGCUGAUCCAAAUGAUAUUUUUUUGACUGAUGGUGCAAGCCCAGCAAUGUUGAGAGUUUCUGUUCCUUCAUCUUCUAUUCAGAUUCAGAUGAUGAUGCAGUUGCUCAUCGGGUCAGAGAAUGAUGGAAUCCUCUGUCCCAUCCCCCAGUAUCCUCUUUAUUCUGCUUCAAUUACCCUCCAUGGUGGAACUCAUAUUUCUUAUUAUCUUGAUGAAGAAACAGGUUGGGCACUUGAGAUCUCAGAGCUUGAGAAUCAGCUAAAAACUGCAAGAUCCAGGGGUGUUAACGUUAAGGCUUUGGUUGUGAUUAAUCCAGGCAACCCAACUGGGCGGGUUCUUGCUGAGGCCAACCAAUGGGAAAUUGUGGAAUUCUGCAGGAAAGAAGGCCUUGUUCUUCUGGCUGAUGAAGUGUAUCAGGAAAAUAUUUAUGCACCUGACAAGCAGUUCCACUCAUUUAAGAAAAUAUCCCGCUCUAUGGGAUUUGGAGAAAAGGACAUCUCUUUAGUUUCUUUUCACUCUGCCUCAAAAGGAUACUAUGGCGAGUGUGGAAAGCGAGGAGGCUACAUGGAGUUCACUGGAUUUAGUCCUGAGAUAAGAGAACAGAUCUACAAAGUGGCAUCCGUCAAUCUUUGUUCCAACAUUUCUGGUCAGAUUCUUGCAAGCCUCAUCAUGAGCCCUCCAAAGGUGGUCGAUGAGUCAUACGAGUCUUUUUCUGCUGAGAAAGAUGCAAUACUCUCAUCAUUGGCAAGGCGUGCAAAGAUACUAGAAGAUGCAUUCAAUAGUUUGGAGGGAGUCACAUGCUAUAAAGCAGAGGGCGCAUUGUAUUCAUUUCCACGUAUUAACUUACCUGGCAAAGCAAUAAAAGCAGCAGAAGAAGCUAAAACUGCACCAGAUGCAUUUUAUGCUCGCUGUCUCCUUAAUGCCACUGGAAUUGUUGUUGUCCCAGGCUCUGGAUUUGGCCAGUGUCCUGGAACGUGGCAUUUUAGGUGCACAAUACUACCGCAAGAAGAGAAGAUACCAGCUAUUGUAUCUCGUCUUACACAAUUCCAUAAGCAGUUCAUGGAUGAAUUUCGUGGCUAAUGAAUCUGGGUACAUUCUAUUAUGGAGAUUUUGAAUAAGAACAUCUGGUAUGCUUGUUUUAUUUUUUAUCUUCACCAAAAAAACAAAAACAAAUCAUACUUCCGUAGUGAAAACUGGUAGGAUUGUUUAUCUUUUAAUCUUAUUUGUAUGUGACCUGAUAUCUCUAUCUCUCCUUCUAGAUGCUCAAUGUGAGGUUAUUUGUAACUAAAUUCUCUAAUCUCUACCUAAAUAAUAAAUUCCUCCUUGGCUCCUUGAAUAUGUUGCAUAUGUAAAUCCUAGACGUGAAUAUAUGUGAUUCCUUUGGAGGGAGAGUUACUUUUUUACCAAAAGAAUUAAAUUAUUCAAAAUAAAUUUAUCAACAGCUUAGAACCGACUUCCAUUUUAAUUUCUACUGUAUAGAAAAAACGUAACUUGCUUUAAUAGAGAUAAAUGGACACUUAAAUUGGUAAGUAAUAGGAGUAUAACGUCAACUUUAAAUAACUCUCAAUAAUGAUUUUCUGUUUAGAUAGUAUUAUUUUGAAACGUCAGUCAAGAUCAGACAGAGGCGUGCUAAAUUUGAAAAAGAAAUUAAAAGAAUCUAUUGGAAGUACAAUUUAUGUAUGUGCGAAAAAAAUUAAGGGUAAAUUAUAUUUUAUGUGUAUCAUAAAGGUAAGGAAAUAAAAAAAAAUAUAUUGAAAGUACAAUUUAUGUGUGCGAAAAGAAUUAAGGGUAAAGUACAUUUUAUGUGUAUCAUAAACGUAGUGUCUUUUAUGUUUGUCUUAUUAUUAGGCUAAGAUUCACAUAGCAAUGGCUAUUUGGUUUUGGAAAGAAAGAAAUUUUUUUGGGUUAUUUGGAGGCUCGAAUUAUUUUGCUACCCUAGAGGUUAGUGUCUGCUUGUACUUGUAUGCCAGCAGCUUUAUAAAAGGGAAUUGAAAAGUGAAAUAAAUUGAACCAAGUAUUAAAUAAGAUUCACUUGCAGGUAAGAAAAAUUGACCAUUCACCUUGUGACUAAAAAAAGUAAAAUCUGUAAUGAUACUGUCAUGUAUCCAGCAGAAAUCUAUCAAACAUUAUCAUGUAUACUUUCUCCUCUUUUUCAGUUUUCUUGUUUUGGGGCCUCUUUUUUUCCUCAGUGUAGAGUUUGUCAGAUAGACCUCAGAUGGAUGUUUUUGUCUUCAUGUCUAAUUUGGAAACCAUGCAGACCAAGAAUCCCAAAAAGACUUUGUCACAGCUAAGGCCUUUUGGUAUCAAUACACCACAACAUAAAAAUAUUUGAAAAUCCUUAUGUAGUAAUCAUUUUUUUAAUUUAGUGGUGUCAUGUGUCAGUACUUAAUAAAGUCAAUUUUUAAUUGGUGCAACUCUCUUUGGGAAGUUUAAGUAUUUAUUUGCCAUAAUAAGAGAAAUGAAAAUCUAAAUCCUAAGCAGUAGUUUUUUUCUUCUUCUUUUCAACUGC